GGGACCCGUCUGCCUUCCGCUUCUGGGGCUGGAUUGACACACAAUGAGGAGCAGAGAGGCCGGGGAGACGCUCCACCAACGCCGCUGUAAAUAAUUACAACAAUCACAGAGGCCGGAGAAACAUGGAGAACCAGUGCACGGUGCAGGUGAAGCUGGAGUUGGGCCACAGAGCUCAGCUGAAGAAGAAAGUGACAUCAGAAGGCUUCACCCAUGACUGGAUGGUUUUUGUCCGAGGGCCAGAAACCGGCGACAUCCAGCACUUUGUAGAGAGGGUCGUCUUCCGCCUGCAUGACAGCUUCCCCAAACCCAAGAGAGUAUGCAAGGAGCCGCCGUACAAAGUGGAGGAAUCAGGCUAUGCAGGCUUCAUCAUGCCCAUCGAGGUCUACUUUAAGAACAAGGAGGAGCCAAAAAAAGUCAUCUUCAACUACGACCUGUUCCUCAACCUGGAGGGUAACCCUCCUGUCAACCACCUGCGCUGUGAGAAGCUCACCUUCAACAACCCCACCAAAGAAUUCAGGAAAAAGCUCAUCAAGGCUGGAGGGAUACUGGUGGUCCCUGAGGGGGCUGAAGCCGUGUCGAGGCCCAGUCCGGACUACCCAAUGCUUCCCACCAUCCCCCUCUCAGCCUUCUCAGACCCCAAAAAGACAAAGACCUCUCAUGUAUCAAAGGAACCCAGCAAAGAAGGAAGCGGCGGCAGCAGCAAAGGACCCAAACCACACAAACUGACCAAGGAGCACCGUGAACGGUCGAGAAAAGACUCUGAGAGCAAAGGCUCAUCCAAAGGAGACGACCGUGAUGGAAGCAGCAAAAGCGGGCGUGAUCCCUCCUCCUCCUCAUCUUCGAAAAAGCCCUCCGAGAUCAAAGUGAAGGACGAAGUCAAAGUUCAGCCCAAGGCGGCCUUCAAGGAACCCAAACUCACCCUGAAGGAGUCAAAGAUGGACGGCAUGUCCCCCAAAGGAGGGGGGGCAGGUAGCGGAGGGGGAGGCGGCGGCGGAGGAGGAGGAGCUGUAGAGGCCAAAGCUCCAGGGAAGCGACCGUCCGCCGUGGAGUCGCCCAAACCCAGCGCCAAGAAACAGAAGAAGGGUGGCUCGGACGGGCUGAAGGGGGCGACCGGCGGGACGUUCACUGGAACCUCUCCUCGCGUCUCUUCAUCCUCUGCGGUCAGUCAGUCCUACAGCGAGAAGAAACCUUCCAAGGAGAAAGGUCGCUGGCCCAGGAGCAAAAACGACAGCCAGGAGCUGAAGGAGCUCAAGAAGCCUCCAGAGUCAGAGGAGUCCAACUCGGAGGAUGAAGCAUCAUCAAAGUCAGAGCAGUCGGCUCCGUCUAGCGCUUCCGUUUCUACGUCUAGUUCUGAUUCCAGUUCAGAUUCAGACUUCGAGCCGGAACAAAAACAAGGGCAAGGCCCCCUGAGGUCCAUGGUGGAGGAGAUCCAGUCGGAAGAGUCGGACGAUGACGACAGCAGCUCAGAGGAAGAGACGCCCGUAAAAACCAACCCCCCCAACCGCGACUCUCGACUAAGCCUGGACAGCGAGAGUGACAGCAGCGACGGCUCGCACCGCCCCAGUCGAGACCCUGCCCCACCCCCACAGAAACACAGCUCAUCCAACAACAAAGUGGUCCGAAAAAGUCCCGAUUCCUCUUUUCGCUCUGAGAAGGUGAUGAAGAAGGGAUACGACAAGGUAGGAAGGGCCUACACAGAGGAACUGGUGGACCUCCACCGCAGACUGAUGGCGUUAAGGGAGCGAAAUGUCCUGCAGCAGAUUGUCAACCUGAUCGAGGAGACCGGCCACUUUAACGUGACGAACACCACCUUUGACUUUGACCUCUUUUCACUGGACGAGUCCACCGUCCGCAAACUACAGAGCUACCUGGAGGCGACGGCCACGUGACAGGAAGCAGGGGGGGGCGGCGGCGCGUGGACGUCGGCGGCAGAGGUAGCCUCGCCAUCACGGCCGCUCUUUGCGGAAGAGAUGAGCAGAAGCGUCUGCCGCAGCCUCUUCACAAGCCUGACUGGAGCAUCGAACAACCACACCGCAGAGCAGAAACACACAAACAGUCGCAAGCACACAGCACCACCUUCACGUGACCCCGGGGAGGAAGCAGGAGGAGGGGGAGGAGCAGGAGGGUGGUGUGUGAGGAAAAACCAGAGCGUCUGACCUCCGUCUGGUCAGGAUUUUCACUACACUCACUUCGGAUCUGUGCCGAGCUGUGGAACCCCCACCCCCCUCCUUGCACUUAUACUGCUCCCGCCUUCGCAGACCUCAUAUCCACCUCCUUUUCUUCCUCUUCUUCUUUUCAUGCACACUCCUAAAUUAGCAAAGCCCCACUCCAGCUCCUUCCUUCCCCCACGCUGUCAGCUGGAGCUCGUUUCUCCUCCAUCACACUCCUGAGUUGAGUUUGAGAGCAGUUUGUGAGUCUGUCAGAGCCGUGCUGCUGAGCUUCAGGAGGUCGCGUUGUCUUUGUGGUUUCUGAUUCUUCGCAUGUGAAACUUGAGCACAAACAGCCGGUCGCAUUUCUCCCACCAGCCACUCUGCCCCACUAACCCCCAGGUUGACAUUAUUAGUUUAUAAGCACUGAAAAACAACUUUAAUUUACUUCUUCCUUUAGCCUCUCAUCAGUUAUGAUUUCAGUAAGUCAAAAAUAUUUUCUUUUUUAACUAUACAACCCUUUUAAGGGCGAAUUGGACUCUUCUUGCCUCUGCAGGUUAAUUAAAUUAGGACAACGAUGACCCUGAAAGUGGCAAAUGCCUUUGUUUUAAAUUUAAGAAAUGGUUCCUCAUGUUAUAAACAUGAAACAUUAAGGCCAGAUUUUUACAGUGGCAGAGUGCUGAACAGUGUCUCUCUGUAGAUAAAGGUUUUAUCUUGCUUGAAAAAUAGCUUAAAAACUAAGUUAAUUCAGAAAUCGAAUGAAAUGGCAAGAAAACAAGUUUCUA